AUGGAGAAAGAGAGAGAGAAACAGAAAGAGGAAGAGGAAGAGAGAGAACUCGCAGCUUGCUUGAAUAAUUCGACACUCGUUGGCACACGCCUCAAACGCUACGCCGCAGAAGCUGGUGACGUUCGUUACAUGAGUCCUAUUAACCUCACGUUAAAGACCGAGACGAAGCACUUACGAGAAAGGGUGAUAUCCGGGACGCUUAACAAUAUCAAACGCUCGAUGGAAGUUGACCUUUGCUUCGUGCUGGACUGCACUGGUUCGAUGGGGGGCCAUAUCGACGCCGCCAAAGACUGUAUCAUAACUGUGGUCGAACACAUGAGUCGUACAAACCCGAACAUUAAACUAUGGGUCAGCUUCUGUGGCUACCGUGACCACUGCGAUGGCGACAGCCGCUUACAGAUUUUUGAAUUCACCAACUUGUACUCAAAAUUCAAAUCCUAUAUCUCAGAGCAGGUAUCAGCCACAGGUGGCGGCGAUGCUCCGGAAGACGUCCUAGGUGGUCUUGACGCAGCCGUUGAUAAAAUAAAGUGGACCCACACCACUCGAAUUAUUCUCCACGUGGGUGACGCUCCACCACACGGUGUUCGUUUCUACACUGGCCAAGAUGAAUAUCCCAGAGGUGACCCAAAUGGUCUAACCGCAGAAAGCGUGUUAGAGAGAAUGCGAUCGGCACAGAUUUUUUACUAUUUCGGGAAGAUUACAAAUUUAACCGAUGAGAUGCUCCGAGUAUUCCACAGCAUAAUUGGUGAGUUCCCAGAGUUUGAUCUUAAUAUUGACGGCGGGAAUCCGGAAGCAUUAUGCACAAAAUUCUUCAAUGCUACCUGUUCGGCCAUCACUUCUUCCGUCACAAUAACUAGCACCAUGGCGGAAGGUAUGCAAAAUCGACGAAAGGAUCUCGAAAUAGAUAUAAGCAAACCCGCAUGGUUCUUGUUACCGGUCGAAACUGGGGUACUUUUGCAUUAUCAUUCUUGUGAAAGUUUGGACGACAUUAUGAACCCGAGACACUUCAAGAAAAGCAAUAUCAUUACCCAAAAAUACACUUACAAACGCGCACCGAAACCAUUCUCUGUCGGUGCCGAACGAUACGCAUAUUAUGCUCUCGAUGUUGCUCAUGAACCGAAUGCAACUGUUAUUAUGAAAGAAUACCUCGAGCUUGGGCGACAAGCGAACUCUAUGGAACGGUACCUCGAGGCGAUUGAAGUCUCCACUAUUUCCUGUUUCCUUGCAAAAGAAUUCAACUCGGCUGCUGCACGAGUCGGCGUCGAUAAGAAAGUGGAAUUCCUCCAAGUAAAACUCGUGCGCCGUACCGAUACUCAAUGCCACACCGUAGAACCGAUUCUCCCCAGCGCGGAUUUUAAACGAUUUAACGUGAACAGCGGAGUGAUUACAGAAUUUCGUGCCACCCUUGAGGCAUUUGCCCAUUUCACAUAUAAAUUUACAGGAGGUUAUUUGGUGGUUUAUGAUCUACAAGGAACAGAACUCUCCGAUCAAUUCUUAUUAACAGAUCCAGCGAUACACUGCACGGACCCUUUAAGGUUCGGGAGAACGAAUCUCGGAAAGAAAGGCAUCGAUGAGUGUUUCUUAGCAAAUCAUAAAUGUAAUGAUGUUUGUCAGAAGUUAGGGUUCGAGCUUUAA